UCUGGGAUAAUGCCAUCCACGGUGCAAUCAGGGUGCCGCCAUAUGUCAUUGUGCCCUCUGAUAAACCAUGGCAACAGAGUGAUAUAAUAUUAGAGGGUGGUCUCUUCAUAAAUACAGUAUACUCUAUACACAUAUAUAGCCCGUCCCCUGUAGAAAGGCUAUUGUAGGUAUCACAGUAGGAUCUUGCUUCCCGCAUGGGAAUGUCGUCCCUGCAUGUGAUCUGAUGCUCUGAGGAAGGGGCAGUUGGUUAUCAGUUACUAAAGAGCUCAUGUAAGUAACACAUGGUUAUGCUGCCCCCCCAGGCCAAUAAGCAAAAGCCUCAUGCUCUGCCAGGAGGAGCAGCAGGAAGGACGAUGGCCAGGAAGAGGGGGAUCAAAAGGACGUGUUUAGUGAUCACUAUGUCCCUGGCUGUGGUCUUCCUCCUCGGGGUGCUCGUAGGUUGGCUUAUUAGACCAUCACAUCAACUUAAAAAUGAAUCUUUUCAACCCCCAAAUAUCCGGAAGGAAAUUGUAUCUGAAAUGAAGGCAGAGAACAUAAGAGAAUUCCUUAGAGACUUCACAAAAAGUCCCCAUUUGGCUGGGACAGAACGGAACCUUCUAUUGGCCCAAAAAAUCCAGGCCCAAUGGCAAGAUUUUGGAUUGGACAAGGCUGAGUUAGUUCACUAUGAUGUCCUGCUGUCCUAUCCCAAUGAGACCAAUCCCAACUACAUCUCCAUUAUUGAUGAACACGGCAAAGAGAUAUUCAAUACUUCCUUAUCGGAGCCUCCACCAGAAGGAUACGAGAACUUCACAGAUAUCGUCCCUCCAUAUAAUGCUUUUUCUGCUAAGGGAGAACCUGAGGGAAAUCUGGUCUAUGUGAAUUACGCCCGGACGGAGGAUUUUUUUUAUCUGGAGCGAAAUAUGAGCAUCAAUUGUACUGGAAAAAUCGUUAUUGCCAGAUACGGGAAAAUCUUCAGAGGAAAUAAGGUAAAAAAUGCCAUACUAGCAGGAGCCAAAGGAAUCAUCCUAUAUUCCGAUCCGGCGGAUUAUUGCGCUCCGGGAGUCAAGCCUUAUCCUGAUGGUUGGAACCUGCCCGGUGAUGCCGCCCAACGUGGUAAUGUCCUGAAUCUCAAUGGGGCCGGAGAUCCUCUAACACCCGGUUAUCCUGCGAAAGAUUUUAUGUAUAGAUAUAAGGCAGAUGAAGGAGUGGGACUUCCCAGCAUUCCUGUCCACCCCAUAGGAUAUCAUGAUGCCAAACAAAUACUAGGGCUGAUGGGAGGUCCAGCAUCACCGGCUUCAUGGAAAGGGAAUCUCAAUGUCUCCUAUAACAUCGGACCUGGAUUUUUAGGCAACGCCUCCAACCGACAGGUCCGGAUGCAUGUUUACACCAACAAUGAGGUCACAAGGAUUUAUGAUGUCAUCGGCACCAUCCGGGGAGCCGUGGAACCAGACCGGUAUAUUAUUUUGGGAGGACACCGUGACUCAUGGGUGUUUGGAGGAAUCGAUCCAACAACGGGGGCGGCCGUCCUUCAAGAAGUUGCAAGAAGCUUUGGUGCAAAGCUAAGACAAGGCUGGCGGCCCAGAAGAACAAUCAUCUUUGCCAGCUGGGAUGCAGAAGAAUUUGGGUUGUUGGGAUCAACAGAAUGGGCUGAGGAAAAUGCUAAAAUUCUCCAGGAAAGAGGUGUGGCCUAUAUCAAUUCGGAUUCUUCCAUUGAAGGCAACUACACAUUGAGAAUUGAUUGUACCCCAUUGUUAUACCGACUGGUGUAUAAUGUGACCAAACAGAUUGCUAGUCCGGAUGACGGCUUUGAUGGCCGUUCCCUUUAUGAAAGCUGGCAAAAGAAAGACCCUUCCCCUCAAAACAAAUCUCUACCAAGAAUAAGUAAACUUGGAUCCGGCAGUGACUUUGAGGCUUAUUUUCAACGUCUAGGAAUUGCUUCUGGAAGAGCUCGGUAUACCAAAAACCAGAAAACUGACAAAUACAGCAACUACCCCAUGUACCACACGGUCUACGAGACCUUUGAGCUGGUGGAGCGUUUCUAUGACCCCUCGUUCAAGAAACAGCUUGCUGUGGCCCAGGUGAGGGCGGGCCUUGUGUACGAGAUCGCAGACGCCACCAUUAUACCCUUUAACACCCUGGAUUACGCAGCGGAGCUUAAGAACUAUGCCGAUAGUAUUUCCAAUUUGGCGAAAAAACACCUCGGGCAAAUGGAAACCUACGGUGUGACGUUCGACCAUUUAUAUGAUGCCAUUGAUAAUUUUACCAGCUCUGCUGCCGGACUUCACCAACGAAUAAAAAACAUUGACCGAGAUGAUCCAAUGGCUGUGCGCAUCUUAAAUGACCAACUAAUGUUUGCAGAAAGGGCGUUCACCGAUCCUCUGGGUCUCCCCGGAAGACCUUUUUACAGGCACAUCAUCUUCGCACCAAGCAGCCAUAACAAAUAUGCCGGAGAAUCAUUUCCCGGUAUCUACGACGCCUUAUUUGACAUUGAGAACAAAGAAGACCAAGGAUCUGCCUGGGACGAAGUCAAGAGACAAAUUGCUAUUGCGACAUUUACAGUACAAGCCGCGGCAGAGACUCUAAAAGAAGUUUAGUGUGAAUUGUCGCUAUUGUGUUCUCCGCUCUUUGAAUAAUUCCAAUG